AUGGCUUCAAUUGAAGUUGAUUCGCCUGUUCACGUGAAAAAGUAUGCCGGUGAAGGCGCUGAACGCUCGGAGCCUGGCAGCGUCAACCUGACGGCCGCAUCCUUUCCGAUAACUGUCACUCCAAGUGGUAAUGUGGAUGAGAUCGCAGCAGAUAUUGUGGACCGCUUCAAUACUAGUCUCAAGAAUAAGGACUGGGCUGCUAUUGCAGAUCUCUUUCAUGACUCUAGCUAUUGGCGUGAUCACCUCGUCUCAACAUGGGACCUUCGCACUAUCAAAGGUAAAGCUUCUAUUAGGUCGUACCUUGAGGCGACAUGCAGCAUUAUCGAAGUCUCUAUCCGCCGCGGGGACCCCUUCCAGAGGCCACACUUCGGUCCGCUCGACGGUGUGAGUGAUCCUCAAGGUAUCACGUUCUUGAUUGACUUCCAAAGUAAAAUCGGAAGAGGUCAAGGUACUGUUCGACUUGGUGACGACGGACAAGGUUGGAAGAUCCUGACCUUCUUCGUUACACUUCAAGAGCUGAAGGAUUUCGAGGAACCGAUAGGGCACCGGAGAGUACAGGGGGUACAGCAUGGCGGGGACCCAAGUAGGAAAAAUUGGCGUGAAAGAAGGACAGAUGAAUUCAACUUUAAGGAUAGAGAACCCAUUGUUCUGAUCAUUGGAGCGGGCCAAGCUGGCUUGACGGCAUCUGCUAGGUUCAAGAUGCUAGGCAUUCCUGCUCUUGCCAUUGACCAGAACGAGCGUGUGGGUGACAAUUGGCGGAAGCGGUAUCAUCAGCUUGUGUUGCACGAUCCGGUCUGGUACGACCAUAUGCCUUACUUGAAAUUCCCUUCCAAUUGGCCCAUCUUCACGCCGAAGGACAAACUGGCAGAUUUCUUCGAGGCCUAUGCUAAGCUUCUCGAGCUCAACAUCUGGACUAGGACGAGUAUCUUAUCAAGCAAGUGGGACGAGGACGAGGCUAAAUGGACUGUGGAAGUGGGACGCCUGUUGGAUGACGGCAGAACUGAGAAGCGGACGUUCCACCCACGGCAUAUCAUCCAAGCUACAGGCCAUUCCGGCAAGAAGAAUUUCCCAAGUAUCAAAGGCAUGGAAAAUUUCAGAGGUGAUCGCCUUUGCCAUUCAUCCGAAUUCUCCGGGGCUCAAGAGAACAGUAAAGGGAAAAAAGCUAUCGUCGUAGGUGCCUGUAAUUCAAGUCACGAUAUCGCACAAGACUUCUACGAGAAGGGCUACGACGUGACAAUGGUACAGCGCUCAACCACUUGCGUCGUGUCCAGUCAUUCCAUCACUCAUAUUGGACUCGCCGGCCUCUAUGACGAAAAUGGCCCACCUGUUGAUGACGCAGACCUCUGGCUCUGGGGCUUACCUAGCGAGCUAUUCAAGACGCAACAGGCUCGAGUCCACCGUCUACAACGAGACAACGACAAAGAACUCCUCGAUGGGUUAGAGAAAGCAGGCUUCAAGGUGGACAAAGGUCCAGGUGAUGGAGGACUUUUCAUUAAGUACUUCCAACGUGGAGGCGGCUACUACAUUGAUGUGGGGGCUUCCAAACUCAUUGGGGAGGGAAAGAUCAAAGUCAAACAAGGCCAGGAGAUUGGGGAGAUUCUCGAGCACGAGAUGCUCUUUGCAGACGGUACCAAGCUGCCUGCGGAUGAGAUCAUCUUCGCGACUGGAUACCAGAAUAUGAGAACUCAAGCUCAGCUGCUGUUUGGCGAUGAUGUGUAUAAUCGGACCGGAGACUUCUGGGGCUUUGACGAGGAGGGCGAGUUCAGGGUUGACUGUAGGAGGAGCGGUCAUCCAGGGUUUUGGUACUUUGGAGGCAAUCUCGCGAUCUGUAGGUAUUUUUCGAGGAUUCUGGCGCUGCAGAUCAAAGCAAUUGAGACCGGAUUGGCGAAGAGAGAGCCUGGUGGUGAGAAAGAGAGGACUGCCAAGGCCUAG